GUCACCAAUUCUUGCAAUUGUUUCACGUGACAUCGACCAUCUUUCUCAGUCACCCCAGCCCCUCACCUUCAUACGGCGACGCCCGCCAUGGCACAAGCAGCGCAGUCCGAGGUUGACGACCCGCUCUACAACCUGCGCCUGUCCAUCAAAGCCUCAGCGACACCGAUCCUGAGCACCAGCGCGGAACCCGUGCCCGCCGACUACACGGACGACCUGGCGCGAGCAACACACAUCACAUUCAAUGUCGACGACGCGCACCGGACCUUCGACCUCACAUCAGCCACGCGCUUUGCGCCAGACGGCAAGCCCGUCGACGUGCGGAGCUGCUACUUCGCGUGGGUGAACAAAGAUGCCUCGGUCACUGACUACGUGGCGGCGGUGGCGGCGCUGAACGAAGAGCUGCCGAGCGGCGCCGGCGGAAGCGUGCAGAACGUGACGUUUGCGCAGAAGAUUGAGCUGAUGGCGUGGCUGAGCGGGGAGACGGAGAGCAGCGACAGCAUUGCGCCAAUCGACAACGGCGCCGCGACAGCAGCAGCCGGCGAUGCGGCGGCGAUUGCAGGCGGCAAGGGUGUGCCGGUGGACCGCAACAUGAAGAGCACACAAGGCGGCAUGGUCGACGCGCGCCUGCUGCAGAUCUACGACGGCGAGCGCAACAUGGGCGACCACAACACGGUCCUGCGCGGCCACAAGCCCGUCGACUUCUCCCCCUACCGCAAGACCGCCGCAGCCUUCUUCCGCGCCCGCGACUCGAAACCCUCGGCGCCCCAGCCCGCCCUCGUCUCGAACCUCACCAAGAAGCCGCACCAGAAGGUGCAGCCCAUCAUCCUCCUCUCGCCCUCGGCCUCGUCGCUGUUGCGAACGAGCAACAUCAAAUCUUUCCUCGAUGAGGGCAUAUUCGUCCCGCCCAACGCCGCCGACACGACGAGCGCCAACAUGAUCCAGAUCCGGCGGCUGAUGCCGUCCAUUAGCAGCCAGCCGCUGACGUUCAUCCUGGUCGACAGCACGACAUCCUUCAAGCCGACGUACUGGUCCCGCGUCGUCGCCGUCUUCACAACGGGCCAGACGUGGCAGUUCAAGUCGUACAAGUACCCCAGCCCCGCGGAGCUGUUCAGCCACUACCCGGGCAUCUACGUUGGGUGGCAGGGCGAGGACACGCCGCAGGGCAUCCAGGACCUCGGGCGCGGCGUCCUGAGCGCAAAGGUCGACAAGUGGACGGGUAGCGAGAAGGGGCGGUGGCGCGACAGGGAGGUCGUCGAGCGCAUCUGGGGGCGCAUCGAGGAGGGGAUGCGCCGCCAGGCGUGGACGAGGGAGGGACCGGGGCUGGCGGGGCAGCAGCCGUCGAGGUAGUGCACGGCGCUGGGUGGAGCAUAUCGCGUUGGGCGUUGGGCGUUGGGCGUUGGCAUUGAUGAGCGGAUAGCACGCAUGGCAUACCUCGCAAACCGGCGUUAGCGGACAUGGCAAGAAGUGUGCGUGUGAUUUGAAGUCAUGAACUCGCAUUCCGCGUUCGUAGAUGCAUAACCGUGUCUGAACAGCAAAGAAAUUAAACCCAUUAGAUAAGCUCGGCACUUUUCCAGCCGUCUCUUUUCCAGCCGUCGGUCGGCCACACAACCCCCCUACCAGUCCAGCGGCUCGUUCAGCGCCUCCCCACGAUUCGUCCUCGGCAGCUUUGCAGCCUCGACCCGCACGGGGCCCUUGCCAUGCCUGGCCAGAUAGCCCGAGCCAUCGAGCCACGGCCAGACGCUCGAGCGCU